GUUUCUUCUUUUUCUUUCUUUUUUUUGCUUAAAGGUUGGUGUUCUUCUUGUUCUUCUUUUCAUUUUGAUCUCCUCUUUCCUUUUUUCUCCUAUUGGAACACGAUGGGAAACGUCGUUUCAAGCGUACUUUCAAGUGUACUUUCAAACGUACUUUCAAGCGGCUUACAACCUGCAACAAGUUCGUUCUUUGAAAAAGCCAAGUAUAUCUUCGAACUGGAAGAUAAUCUUGAGUAUUUGCAAGAGGCUGCGCCAUGCCUUGAGGCAGUGAAGGCUGACUUGCAGAAACAAAUUGAAAUGGAAGAACGAAAAGGUUUGCGAGCACGAGACGUAUUCAACCUAUGGAUUUCAAAAGUCGAAGCCAUCCAACCAAAGGUCACUAAACUGCUUGAAGAUAGGACUGCAGAAAUAGAACGGUUGUCUAUGUGUGGGUACUGCUCUAGCAACUUCUUUUUAACAUAUCGUUAUGGUAAAGAUGUAUUAGAAACUUUGAAGAAAGUAAAAGACACCUUGUCUUUGAAACCUUCUGGUGAGGUGGCUAGGAUGGGUCCUCCACCUGGUAUAGUGGAGAGAGCCACUCAACCCACAGUCGGUUUAGAGAAGAUGCUUGAGACUACAUGGAGCCUUCUCAUGGAGAAGGAGGUCGGAAUCUUGGGUCUUUACGGUAUGGGUGGAAUAGGUAAAACCACCCUUCUCAAACAAAUCAACCAGAAGUUACUUGAAAAAAAAGAUGAAUUUGCGGUGGUGAUAUUUGUAUUGGUGUCUAAAAAUCUACAAGUUGAAAAGAUCCAAAAUGAUAUCGGUGAAAGACUAGGCAUCUGUGACGAGGCCUGGAAGAAAAAAACUCAAAAAGAGAAAACUUCUCAUAUAUAUGGUGUUCUUGCAAAGAGAAGAUUCGUUAUGUUAUUAGAUGACAUAUGGAGGAAAGUGGAUUUAGAAGAAGAGAUUGGGAUUCCAUUACCCUCACCAGAAAAUGGAAGCAAGGUUGUCUUUACCACUCGCUCGAAAUACGUAUGUGGGCGUAUGGGACGCCAUGAGGUGGAAGUCAAGCAUCUAGACCCGGAGAAAGCUUGGGAACUAUUCCGACAGAAAGUUAGAGGGACGACAAUAGACAAUGAUCCAGAGAUCCUCCAGCUAGCAAAAAAAAUAUGUGAGAAAUGUAAAGGCUUACCCCUUGCACUCAACGUUAUUGGGGAAACAAUGGCAUGCAAAACGUCAGUACGCGAGUGGCAGUAUGCGAUUGAUGUUCUAAAUACAAAUGCGACCAGCUAUCCAGAAGUUAAAGACGAGAUUCUUAAAGUUCUGAAGCUUAGCUAUGAUGAUCUUGGGGACGAGACAGUACAGCAAUGUUUCAAGUACUGUGCUUUAUUUCCAGAAGAUGAUGAGAUUGCUAAAACCACGUUGGUCGAGUACUGGAUAUCCGAAGGGAUCAUAGAUGGAGAUGGAGAUAGAGAAAGAGCAAUCAACCAGGGUUAUAGGAUAAUUGGUAUCCUCAUUAGUGCAUGUCUAUUGAUGCCUGUUGAAACUUCAGAGUUUUUAACAAUACAUGAUGUACUUCGCCAAAUGGCUCUUUGGGUUGCGUCUAAUUUUGGGGAAGAGGAAGAGAAAUUUAUCGUCAAGACAGGUGCUGGACUGCAUCAGAUGCCUGAGGUCAAGGACUGGAAUGCGGUGAGAAGGAUGUCACUGGAAAAAAAUGAGAUUCAGAACAUCUCCAUCUCCCCGGUGUGUCCUAACCUUACCACAUUGUUGUUAAAACACAACAAUCUGGAGAGCAUCUCAGGUGAAUUUUUUCUAUCGAUGCCUAAGUUAGUGAUUUUGGAUCUAUCUGCCAACAAAAAUCUAACCAAGCUGCCAGAAGAGGUUUCAAAGUUAGUGAGCUUGAGAUAUCUUGACUUAUCAGGAACAAGACUAGAGAACUUGCCUGCAGGAUUAGGAAAGUUGCUCCAGCUGAGAUACCUCAAUUUGACAGGCGUACGAACUCUUCAAAGCAUCAGUGUGAUAUUAAGUUUGGUAAAUAUAGAAAUGCUUAUGUUACAAUAUACUACUUUUGUAAGUCUGGAGUUGAUAGAGGAUAUCAAGUUACUGAAGAAUUUGAAAGGCUUGGGGGUAAGUAUCAAUGAUUUGGUUGUUUUAGAACGUCUUUUUAAUAUCCCCAUGUUGGCUAGCUGUAUCCAACAUAUACAUCUGGGGGGAAUUGUAACAAGUUACGUUCGGUUUGCAAAGGAUAUAGCUAGCCUUCGCUCUAUCUUGAUAGAAUCAUGUGUCUUCUUUGAUAUAGUUACGAGAUAUGGAUGCAGAAGUACAAGUGACAUAUGCUUCCAAAACCUCCGCUAUGUCAUUUUUUUGGGCGUCAAGGGUAUACAGGAUUUGUCGUGGUUGUUAUUUGCUCCGAAUCUUAUAGAUAUACGUGUAAGGGGGCCAUCACCGGAAUUGGAAGAAAUUAUAAGCAGAGAAAAGGUUUCUGGUAUACUAAAGGAGGGAUCGAGUAUUGUACCCUUUCGAAAACUACAUACGAUUCACUUAAUCUCUUUGGUGGAACUGAAGACUAUCUACUGGGAACGGUUGAAAUUGCCAUGUCUAAAGAGCAUGCUUAUAAAAAACUGUCCAAAGCUGAAGAGGCUUCCAUUUAACAAGGAGAGGUUAGAAGGAAAUGACAUUAACCUAGUAGUUGCAGACAAUGGAGAAUGGUUGGGAGGACUUGAGUGGGAAGAUGAAGCUACUGAAGGCUAGGUGGAUCCAUCCGUAUCAGGUCGCUCUCAUAUAAGACAUGCAACUCCACAGCUCACAGCUUCCGAGAUAACCCAUUUCUUGAGUUGCAACUAUUUGUCUUCAGCUUCUGUAAUUGUAUCGUAUUUUCUUGCCUCCUGUUAUGAUUGUUUUGAAUUUGGUGUUGAGAAACUUUUAUGCGCCUUGUGUGUUUUUUAUUUAUUUUACUUUUGUGAGGUUUUAUAGACGCAAGUGUGAGUGAUACCUCAAAAUGCUAUGUACCAAAAAUAAAUAAACUUGUUGUGUGAUGUACGA